AACGUCCAUCGUAUUGUUUUGACAUUUCCCAUCAACGUGUUCUAUUUUUAAACAUUUUCUUAAGGUUAAGUUUAGAUUUCGAUUCCCCAGUGUCAUGUUACAGUGCCGGAAAAUAAGACGUGUUUUAACCUAUUAUUUAGUUUGUUAAAUAAUUUAAAGUCAAAAAUGGGGAAGAAAAAGUCCCAUCAGACCCGGAAUUGUGCAACCGGCGAUCACAGACAUUUGCCUAAACAUAAACGCCAGGAAUUGAAUAAUUUGGUAGAGAAAUUAUUGAAAGUCACUAGUAUUAAUCCUGAUGGUCCAGGUAUUGGUAAAUUAUGUGACCUCCAUGCUGAAUCACAAGUUAUUAUUGAUCGUAUCCAGCAAAUUGAAAGCGAGGUUAAGAGCCCUAUACACUUACAAAAUCGCAACGCUUCUCUAGACACGUUUUUAUCAUGGCUAAAACAAAAUGAUGCUAAAUUCGAGAGCAUCAAAAUCUCCCACUUUCCUGAAUAUGACUUAGGCUUAGAAGCUACUACACCAAUCACUAAAUCUUCUGUCAUCUUAGAAGUACCUCAAAAACUUAUGUACACGAGUCAAUGUUGCGAUGUAGCAGACUCCAAAAAGCUUUUCGAUACUGAUAAAAUGUUAACCAACAUGCCAAAUGUAGCUUUAGCUUUUGCAUUAGUCGUGGAAAGAUUGAAUAAAGACUCGUUUUGGAAACCGUAUUUAGAUGUUUUGCCUAAAGACUAUUCUACAGUUUUGUAUUAUAAAUCUAAUGAAUUGCAAGAGUUGAGAGGGUCUCCGAGUCUGGAGAUGGCUUUGAAACAGUGCAGGAGCAUUCGGAGGCAGUAUGCAUAUUUUUAUAAGAUGCUGUGGACUUCAUCUUUUGCUCUAUUUGAGAAGAUUAAGGAAAAAUGGACUUAUGACCUGUAUUGUUGGGCCGUGUCAACUGUGAUGACCCGCCAGAAUUCUGUUCCUGUGGGCGAAGGAGGCGUCAUGGUCCCGGCCUUAAUCCCACUCUGGGACAUGGCCAACUACAAAGAUGGACAGAUCACAACAGAUUAUAUCCCAGAAAAUCAGACAGUACAAUAUUCAGCUUUAGACGACUACAAACCAGGUGACCAAGUCUUCAUAUUCUACGGAGAGAGAUCUAAUGCAGAACUACUUGUACACAAUGGAUUUGUCUGUAUGGAUAAUUCAGGAGACACUGUCAGUAUACGACUAGGAAUAAGCCCAAGUGACCCUUUGGCAACUUCCAGAUUAAAAGCCUUGAUCGAUCUGUCUUUACCAUGUGGUGGCACCAGCACUUUAUGUGUGGCCAAAAAUCCAGCACCAAUCACACCACAAUUAUUGGCCUAUGCCAGAGUCUUCAACAUGAACCAAGAACAAUUAGAUCACUGGUUAUCCAGUGACCACAUAGAAGACCUAUUCCACAUGGACUGUGCAUUAGACCACGAAUUGGAGAAAAAGGUCUGGACUUUCCUUUUGACCAGAUUGCAAAUAUUGCUAUCGGUGUAUCCUACGACUUUAGAGGCUGAUAGAUUAGCUUUAGAAAAUAGUGCCAAAGCAAACGAAACCAGUAAUAGGGUGAAAUUGAGUCAUGCCACCAAAUGUGCCAUCCAAUUACGGUAUUCGGAGAAAUUGAUACUGCAAGAUGCUAUUGAAUAUGUUAAGCAACAUAUGAGUGCCUAAUGGAAGUCGAGUAGGAUCUUUAAGAGGCCAAAGAGUUUUAUUAAUUGAUAUAUGGAUGUUCCUUACGAUAAGUAGAUAUUUACAUUUUUAAUUAAUAUAUUUAGUACUUGUGUGAUGAGUUGGUAACUAGAGUGGACCAUUCUACAUAUUCCUGAAUGUUUUUAUAGUAUUUCCAAUUUUUUACACACUGCUUACCAUUUAUCUUUACAUUAUUUACUUGAUUUUUACGUUAUAUAAAUGAAAUGGAAGCCCCAGUCCACUCUGGGUUUUCAUAAAACAUGAAACAAAUGUUAGAGUCAUAGCAGAUUUUUUGCUUUCAUUUAAUUACUGGUAUAAAUCUUAUGUUGGAACAUUAUUUAUUGAACAAUUCAUCGUGUCUUAGUUUGCCCUGGUUACUCUGGUUACCAAGUCCUCAUUCUCCUCAAAUUUUGUUUUCUAUAUUAUGCACCUAGUCGAUAACUGAAAGAUUCAUGCAACUAAAGCAAUAUUUGCAAUUAUUCAACUAACGGACUUAAAAUACAUAAAAUUCAUGAC